AAUAAAAGUUAUCACAGACAAGCCCUUGCCUUUAGUUUAUAUUCUGGCAUCUGUCCAUGAGAGCUGAAGGUUUGUGCAUUUGCUCAUUAUGUUUGUGCUUUCAUCAGCCUUUACCUAUGAGCAUACCUAACUACAUUAAAGGAGAGCUAAAGCCAAGGAGUCCGACAUAGUCCAAGAGAACACAAGCAAUCAUAUAUUGAACAGUGAAUAAUCCACCAUCCAGUAACAAUGGCUUUCUCUUUUUCUUCUGUCCCCUGUCUCUACCCAUUGUGAUGCCUGCCUACAACAUACUUUAAUUGAGCAUUUGAAUGGAAAAGAAAUGCAGGGAUUUGAUAGAUGAAAGGAUUGGCAUAUUAUCAAAGAUUAUCCUAUAGCAAAAAACCCCAAAACAAAACAAAAAAAAAAAGCUCUCACAAAUCAGGGGUGUGGGUUUGAAAGUAAACUUAGUGGAGUAGUUCAUUCCCUUAACCUAGGAUUGCUUGUUACACUCAACCCACAAGGGUCUUAUAAACACGUGUGGUCUACAACUCACAUUGUUGGACAACGUAUUACCUGUGAGCUUCUGAGGGUGCCUGUGGUCACGGGAAAUCUGAAAUGGACAAGGAAAGCAAAGUAGGAUUCUCAUCUGUUUGCUCCCUGUUGUUAUCUAUCUGCAAGUGAAGGCUAGGACUAGGGGUCUGCACUAUUGCACUUGCAUUCAGACGAGUAGGGAAACUCACUUCCAACUUAGUGAAAUGGUACUGCACAUUGCUAAACUCCUUUAAGUGUGCUGCAGUCUAGUGUCAGGCUUCAUAUCAGCGGUAGGCAAUGUUGUUUCUCAGUAUAAGUGUAAGUAAAAUCUUGAUUUUAGACUCAGGGGAGUGGGCCCCAGUUGUUGCAGAAUAAUUUGGGCUGCCUUGGGAUGAAAGGCACAUACAGUAAUGUAGUUGUUACUCUUGAACACUUUUAGGGCUAGCCUUAAUUGGCCUAAUUUGGCAAAUUAUUACAUAAAUCCAUGUAUUGCUGUAGUAAUCAUUUCCUAAGGUUUUACCUUUUGGGAAUUUCAGAGGAGUGCUACUUGUUAGUUCUAAUAUUGCUGUCAGACAGUUUAAAUAAUCAUCCCAGCCUCUUCUGUGUUACUAUGUUAGGCCCAGUUUGGUACUCUUGAUAUAACUGGGAAGAGUGGAAUGAUUUAAACUGAUUUGUGAUGAUUUAAACUGUGGGAUGAUCCUGCCUCAUACACGGAUUUGGGCUAGCUGACCUCUUUCAGGCUUGUUUCCAACCCCUUACUUCCCGCUUUAAUGUAAUGAAUAGGAUCCUGAGCAGCCUUUAGCCUUAAAUGGGUGAAGUUAUAUAACAUGUGUGGGCUUAGUCUCCCAGGUAACACUGGCAUGGAAGCCGAUGUGAAUGUUCUUAUAGGGAAGUGUCUGGCUCUUAGCUUGAAGUUGAUCCUUUUGCUUUCUAUAGUAUGAUUUUAAUAUUCUUGGUGGAGCUGCUGACAUUCCCUCUAGCAGAUCAAGUCAGUGGUGAAACUCCCAUGGCAUUGGCUCAAGAUUGAAUUUAGUUCUAAUGGACAGUAGUUUAAAAAAAAAAAAAGCAGAAAAUUUCUGUGGAUUGGCUUAAGGUUGAAUUUGAUUCUAAUGGACAGAGAUCUCAAGAAAGGGCAGAAAACCUGGGGAAUUAUAUGAUAUUAUAAGUAUGUGUUUUUGGUUUGUUUUUGUUCUAACUAAAUAAAGGCAAAUCUAAGAUACCGCUGCCCGUAUUUAGCGAUCAAGCCGAUGCCUUUCAGACGGCUUUGCAGGAAGAAGCAGCGGGUGUCCUUGUUGCAGAGCAGCUGGGUCUUGCUCCCCGAAGGGAACCGGGGCCCGACUCGCGGACGGGAAGGUGCAGCCCUGCCAGGCCGCCCCCUCUGGUCCCCGCCAGCCGCCUUCUAUCAGCCGGGCGGAAUCAAGGCCUCGGCCAGAGACAUCGCGGCUGCUUCCCGGGACACCGCUAACGAUGUGUAUUUUGGAGCCCGCAGCCGGCCGGCGCCCCGGGAGGGCGGGCGGAGGAAGCGGACCACGUUCUCCAAGGCGCAGCUGGAGCUGCUGGUGCGGACCUUCGAGCAGGACCCAUACCCCGGCAUCGCCGUGCGGGAGAAGCUCUCCAGCCUCACCGACAUCCCCGAGUCCCGCAUCCAGGUUUGGUUUCAAAACAGAAGAGCCAGGCAGCUAAAUCACAAGAAGGCAGAAGCUUCUGCCACUUUCAAACAAGAGUGUGGCAAACAGAAGCUGACCCACCUGGGCCAAGAGAGCCCAAGAAUGAUGCAUGAUUCAACACCUGAUCAGAAUCUCACUAAUCCGCAGCUAGAUCUGGCAAGGGCCAAUCAAAUUUUUCUUUACCAACCCUUGCAGUAUUCAGGGCAGCAAUUUUCUGGGUGUGAUGCUCACUUCAGGGGCUCAGACAACACACAUGCGGCAAGAAGCCCAAUCCAGGCCUCAGUUUACCACAACUUGGAUUACAUGGCAAAUGGAGUUCAGUUCAGUGUAGGCCCCACUGGGAAUUCUUCCCAGAUUCAGUUUCCUUUGCAACCAGUGCAACAACAUCCAUACAACAAAGCUUUACUUGAAGACUAUUACACAGAAGGUGAUUUUCUCCAGUCCUCAGCAACUCUAAAACUAGGAGGGCAGCAGUAUGCACAAGAUUACCAGUAUCCAACUGCUAAAGAGAAUAUUUACAGGAUGCCUGUCUCUCUAAACACUAGCCCAGGAACAAUUGAUGAGUGUUUGUACAUCAAUGCAAGCACUUCUCAUCUUAAAAGUACCAUUUUAAGUGCUGGUGAAGAAGGAGAACCACAAAUAAAAAUGGAGUCUGGGCAGGUUGAGUGCAAUUUACUAAGUAACAUUGACAUACCUGUUUCUGUUCCUCCUUCAGCAUUUGAAAAAUGUCAGAGUGCAUCUCAGGGGACACUGACUGCUUUAGUUCCAUCACAGGAGCCUGUACACGAAUUUGACUGUCAUUGGACAAAUGUGAGAAAUGAAUUAUUUGGAGCUACUCUUGAUCUGCUGCUUGAGCAGAAGAGAGGGCAGGGUGGUGAUAGAAGUUAUGCCUUCUCUUCUGGUAGCCAGUAUGCAACCUGUCACUUGGGUCACACAUGAAAAUAGGCUGCUGUUUGCACGAUUAGUCUUCUGAAUAAGGAAAAAGGCCUAGGAAUAGUGAGGGUUGGCUGUCGUUAUGCGAGUCUGUGCGUGUGUGGGGAGUGAGUGGAGAGCUGCGAAGAGGUUGCAAGGAUGCUAGCAAGAAUGAUUAAGUCACAUGUGAGUAGUGGAGUCUUUUGUAUUUGAACUGUCAAGGAGCUGUUUGUAAUGCCCUUGCACAUAUUUGAUUACAAUUAACCACCAUGUUUCACUGAUCGACUUCUUGGUCUGUAGGUUGCUCACAGACAGUUCAGUCUAGUUUUUUACACUUGAACUAGGUUAUUUCUGACUGCAGGGGUGGGAUUAUGGGAACGGUUUUAUGGGUUUACUACUCUCAAUUGAAGAACUUAACAUAUCUAGUGUGAACAACUCGUGAUCAAAAUGAAUUUUCUGUUCAUUUCAAAAUAUCUGGGGAAAAUAUACCAUUUCCCCAAACACUUCUGUAGGUCUUUGUUUCUGGGACUUAAGGGAGAAGGGAAGAUGUUUUGAGGGUGCUUUUAGUUCAGGCCAGUGCUAGUCCAUAUUUCUAAAUUUUAUUGAAUAGGAAGUCAAAGGAAUUCUUACGGGAGCCUGAACUUAGUGGGUAUAUGCACUGGGGGAAACUGGUACCUGGCUGAUGAAGUGACAGGGCUGUGACCAGGAUGGACCUGAUAUUGUUUGAAAUUGCACAUGGAAAUGCUGUUUGGGGUUUAAGAAAUAGCUAUGGCUUCUUUGAAAUAUUUCUAGAUUUUAAGAUAUAGAAUAUUAAAUUGGGUUCCUUUGUAACUUUUAUUAAAUAAAAGUCAAACUUGUAAGCAAAGCUUCUGUAAAAUGGGUAUAGUUGUGAUAAGUGUAAUCCAGCAGUUUUGAAUAGGAAAAGUACCAUGAAAGUGCUAAGUACUAUUUACUUACUGCUGCAUGCUUUGUAAUGACUUAUUUAUGAUUGCACAUGACUGUUUCAAUAAACUUUGUUUUUAAAACUUUA